AUGAUUCGUGGUAUUAAAAACAUCAAAGCUUUAAGUAAUAAGAGAUUUAUUUCUACUGCUAACACUACCACCAAAUAUGCCAGUUUAUCCAAUGGUGUAACUAUUGCAACUGAAUCUAAUCCUCAUGCUAAAGUCUCAAGUAUUGGGUUAUUUUAUGGGGCCGGUUCAAGAUCAGAACAUGCUUACAGUAAUGGUAUUUCUGCUUUAACCACCAACAUCUUAGGUUCAGGGUUAGAAAACGGUGUUUUAUUAACCAGUGAAAAUGGUAAAGAAACCAAUGGUAUUAUUGCCCAAACCACCAAUGAUAAUAUUAUUGAAGCUUCCAAAAUCAUCGCUAAGAUUGGUUCAAAUGCUUCAGAAAUCAUUAAAGGUUCUGAAUUCGAAUUAUUCAAGAAACAAUUAAUCGGUCAAGGUGAACAAUUAGAAAGUGUCCCACAAAAAAUGAUUUUAGAACAUUUAAGUGCUAGUGCUUUCCAAGGUUAUUCAUUAGGUUUACCAACUUUAGGUACUUCAUCAUCAGUUAAAGAUUUACAAGUUGAUGAUGCUGAAAGAUUAUUAGAAAAGCAUUUAGUUGGAUCAAAUGUUGUUAUUUCAGCUUCAGGUAACAUCAACCAUGAUGAAUUAGUUGAAACUAUUGAAUCAUCAUUAAAUAUUCCUCAAGGUCAUAAACCAAUCACUAAACCAGCUUCUUUCUUAGGUUCAGAAGUUAGAAUGAGAGAUGAUACUUUACCAAAAGCUUUCGUAUCUAUUGGUGUUGAAGGUGAAGGUUUCACUUCCCCAGCUUAUUAUGUUGCCAAAGUUGCUGCUAAUGUUUUCGGUAGUUUCGACAGCAAAGCUACCAAUGCUACCUUAACUUCAUCUAAAUUAUCAUCAAUGGUUCAUGAAUACCAUUUAGUUGAUAAAUUCCAACAUUUCUCAACUUCAUAUUCUGAUAAUGGUUUAUGGGGUUUCAGUUGUGAAGUCUCGAAUGUUCAAUUACUUGAUGACUUCAUUCAUUGGACCUUAAAAGAAUGGAACAGAUUAUCUGUUUCAAUCACCGAUGCUGAAAUUGAAAGAGCUAAACAACAAACUAAAGUACAAUUAUUAGCUGAAUUAAAUUCAACUAAAUCAGUUGUUUCUGAUAUCGGUAAUAAAGUUUUAUUAUCAGGUUACAGAAAUUCUAUCACUGAAGCUUUAUCAAAGAUUGAUUCUAUUCAAACUAAAGAUGUUAAAGCUUGGGCUAAGGUUGCAUUAUGGGAUAAAGAUAUUGUUAUCUCAUCAACUGGUCAAACUGAAGCUUUAAUGGAUUACAGUAAAUGGAGAAACCAAAUGGCCAUGUUAAGAUGGUAG